UCCUCUGGAUAUUCUCUUUUUGCCGCUUUCGACUUUACUACCAAAGGAAUUCUGCAGCUUGCUGUGCAGAACAACGAGCUCUGGCGUUUAAGGGACUCCAACGGCAAACCCUCUGGCAUGAUCGGCGUCUGGCCCGAAAAGGCCAUCACCUUCAUUGACAACCACGACACGGGCUCUACGCAGAACUUGUGGCCCUUUCCUCCUGAUAAACUUAUGCAAGGAUAUGCCUAUAUUCUCACUCACCCCGGAGUGCCAACCAUUUUUUAUGAUCAUUUCCAGGACACGAACUUGAAGGAGGGCAUUGAAAAGCUGAUUGAAAUACGAAAGAGAAACCAAAUCAAGGCCAACAGUGCUUGCACCAUCAUAACCGCAGAGUCCGACCUGUACAUGGGCAACAUCGAGGAAAAGGUUAUCAUGAAAAUCGGAGCCAGAUAUGAUGUGGGAAAGUUCCUUCCGUCCAAAGAUUUCCAACUCGCCACAUCGGGGAACGACUAUGCUGUCUGGGAAAGGAAGGCUUAA